AUGGCCGACACGCGGCUGAUUACUGUGCGGGUAAAGAAAGAAGAUGGCGGCCAAGUGAACGUCUCGUUCCCCAGCACCGGCACGCUCGCCGAGCUGAAGAAGGCUGUGGAGGCUGUGACUAAGAUUCCGGCCAGCGAGCUGGGGCUGUACUCUGCCCGCGAGCGCAAGCCCAAGGACGUGUACCGUGGAUCUGGGCCGGUGGGCGAGCUGGGCAUUGUGCAUGGGAGCCUGGUGUAUGCGGUGGACGGACGGGCGGCGGCGUCACAGCGGUGCAAGCACGCGCCGCAGUUUACUUGCCUCCAUUGCAGCAAGGGGGAGGCGACAGGGGUGAUGAAGUGCUCGCAUCCGGAGGGUGUCUCGUGCCUCAUCUGCAUGCCGUCCGAGGCCGAGGGCGGAGUGACCGGCGCGGCCAAGUGCUCGCAUGGGCCGACGACCCGUUGCAUCAACUGCACCGGGAGCAAGAGUGGGAAGGACAAGAAAAAGAAGAAGAAGAAGAAGAAGAAGGCCAAGGCCGGGAGUAGCGGCUGGGUCCGCAAGUGCGCGCAUCCGCCAUCGAUGCGAUGCCCGGCGUGCCUGGACGGCGGCGGAGCGUCAGAGCCGGCGGAGCAGGAGUGCACUCAUCCGUCAACAAUGAGCUGCCCCAACUGCGUGUCAUCGUCGUCGGCGUCCGAGGAGGUCGACGAGGACGGCGGGAUCCGGUGCCCGUUCCAUGGGCCAAACGGGCGGUGCGUUCACUGCAUGCACGGAACUAUGGGCCAGAUGCCUGUCAUCAAAAACGCGGCCGAAGCAAGUGUGGCCGGUGUGCAGGUCGACACUCAGGCCAUCAACCGGUUCGCGCCUGCGCGGCACGACGGCGCGUUUGUGGCGCAGCGCUCGGGUCUGCUCUUUGGCGUCCUCGACGAGGACUCGGGCGUGGUGCGAAUUGACUACAUCUACGAGCCGAAGCAGGCGUAUGAUGAGUGGAGCGGGUUCAGUUACGCCGACGACGAUGAGGCGACAGCUGAGUUUGAGCUUGUCCGCACCAUGAGCGAGCGACUGGGGCGGAGCCUGGUUGGCUUCAUCUUUACGCGGGCGGUGAACGACGCCGAGAACUUUCUGCGUGGCGCUGAGCUGCGUCUGGCGGCGACGCGCAUGGCGGCGCUCGGUGCUGACGACAAGUUUGUCACUCUCACCGUCUCCAUCCUCGGUGACAACCUGCAGGCGCUGGCCUUCCAGCUCACACCACUUGCGGUGCGACUCGCCAAGAAGCGGUACUUUGCGCCGCCCGACUCGACAGCCUACGGCCACGACGUCUCGGUUGUUCCCGUUGUCAAGGACGUCAAGUUCCAGCACUCGGAGACGCAGGCGCCGCCGGCAGUCUUCUUCUACGCUCGCAUCCACUCGGUCACUCCGCACGCUGGCGGCCUCACCGGGGACUUUCCGGUUGAGCACCGCAUCGGCGACGCCGCCACGCUCAUGCACGUCAAAACCCGGUUCCUCACCCACGAGAACGAGCCGCUCACCGCUGUCUUUGCCGACUUUCACAUGCUCCUCUUCCUCGCUCAGGUCCAUCUCUUUGAGACCGACGACAUUCUCCACAUGUGCGAUGCCGUCCGUUCGGGUGAUGCCGAGCGGCUGGAGGGCUACCACCUCAUUCUGCAGCAUGCGCAGUGA